AGCCCGCUGCGGGCGCCGGGUCAGCUGAUCCUGAGUUGCGUUGUGUGCUGGCUGGCUGGCGGGGGGUUCUACGGUCCUGCCGCCCACUCUGCAGCCAUGUCGUCCUUCCCCGAGCUUUACUUCAACGUGGAUAAUGGCUACUUGGAGGGGCUGGUGCGCGGCUUGAAGGCUGGGGUACUCAGUCAAGCGGACUACCUCAACCUGGUGCAGUGCGAGACGCUUGAGGACCUGAAGCUGCACCUGCAGAGUACCGAUUAUGGCAACUUCCUGGCCAAUGAGGCCUCUCCACUCACCGUGUCGGUCAUCGACGACCGACUCAAGGAGAAGAUGGUAGUGGAGUUCCGCCACAUGAGGAACCACGCUUAUGAGCCCCUUGCCAGCUUCCUGGACUUCAUUACCUACAGCUAUAUGAUUGACAACGUCAUCCUGCUCAUCACGGGCACGCUGCACCAGCGCUCUAUCUCCGAGCUGGUGCCCAAGUGCCACCCUCUAGGCAGCUUCGAGCAGAUGGAGGCCGUGAACAUCGCACAGACCCCUGCCGAGCUCUACAAUGCCAUUCUGGUGGAUACGCCCCUGGCGGCUUUUUUCCAGGACUGCAUCUCGGAGCAGGACCUGGAUGAGAUGAACAUCGAGAUUAUCCGGAACACACUCUACAAGGCAUACCUGGAGUCCUUCUACAAGUUCUGCACCCUUCUGGGCGGUACCACGGCCGAUGCCAUGUGCCCCAUCCUGGAGUUUGAAGCCGACCGCCGCGCCUUCAUUAUCACCAUCAACUCCUUCGGCACAGAGUUAUCCAAGGAGGACCGCGCCAAGCUCUUCCCACAUUGUGGGCGACUCUACCCUGAGGGCCUGGCCCAGUUGGCCCGAGCUGAUGACUAUGAGCAGGUUAAGAACGUGGCUGACUAUUACCCGGAGUACAAGCUGCUCUUCGAGGGAGCAGGUAGCAACCCUGGAGACAAGACCCUGGAGGACCGAUUCUUCGAGCACGAGGUGAAGCUGAACAAGCUGGCCUUCCUGAACCAGUUCCACUUCGGGGUCUUCUAUGCCUUUGUGAAGCUCAAGGAGCAAGAAUGCCGCAACAUUGUGUGGAUCGCCGAGUGCAUCGCCCAGCGCCACCGUGCCAAGAUCGAUAACUACAUCCCCAUCUUCUAGACCUGACCCGAGGCUCCCACUGUGCACUGUGUGUGUCUGUGUGC